CAGGAAACUCGUUUCUGCAUCGAAUUAAUAAAAAAUAAUAAUAAAAACUUAUGAUAUCGAAAGCUGAUAUGAACAUUGAUUGAGGUUUUGUGUUCCCAGUGACUAGUGACGAUUCGGACGGAUUAUACUUCACGCACCGAAAACUACCUAGUGCUUGUGUUAUAGUGGAACCUACAUGAGUGCAAAUUAACAGGUUUUUGUGAAAACAAACGUGUCAAGUACAGUUCGCGAAAUUUCACUUUUACCAGAUUGGAAUUUUUUCAAGUGAUAGUUUCGACAUGUUUCUGCGGAGUUUCUUUAUUAUAUCCCGAUAAAUGACCGCAAGAACCUCCCAGCGUGGACGAAAGUGAUGAAGUUUGAGCGAACACACAAAAAUGGACACUUUAGAAAAACAAAGAUAUAGCAGAACAAAAUGGAGGUUUCCCCACCUCCUAGCAUUAUACAUGCUCCUCCUUACUUCCCACUGUCAAGGAGAACCAAGUCAUACUGAUAAAACCAAAACAGAUAAUUUAGAAAAUAAUGUAGAUUCUAUUCACUGCCAUAGUUGUUAUAGUAGUAGUAACCAUGAAUCAAAUGUAGACAAUUAUGUAAACUUUGUAGACGACAUAGUUGGUCAACUUAACACAUUCACUGAUGAACACUUUAAUUUAAACAAAACAGUUGUUUAUUUAGAAAAGGCUGUUGAAGAUAUACUAGAUAAAGCCUUAAGUAAAGAUAAGUUUAAGAUUUUUGAUGGAGUCGAAGUUAAAGCCGCGGAAAAUGUUACAAAAAGGAGUGAUGAGGAAGGCAGAGCGUUGUUUAGCAAAUACACUUAUGAAUACAGAAUGUAUCAGAAAGUUAAGAAUUUCAUCAAUACACAUAUACUGUCGAUUAAUCUACCGAUGGCCGCAAAAUCGUUUGGCUUAAACAAAUUCUUCAUACCGAUACUUAUAGGAGGACAAGUGUUAAUAAAAACUAUACUAUUUGCGAUGUUCCUGCCAAGCAUACUGGGGAGUUUUGGAAAAAUGCUCAGCAAAGGUCUAUCCACAAUAUCAGCAUCAUCAUCCCAAGCCAGCUAUCCCCCUGCGAACGUAGAUGACCAGGUUGGCUACAAUGCUGACAAUAAAGACAUCAUGGGCUAUGAGACGAGUCAGACUGGGACCUUCGCCUAUCCUCAGGAUAGCAUGUACGGGGAUAGCAAUGAUGUGAACGAGUUGGGCAAUGUGGAUAUGUCACGGUUUGGUGUGGAUGGUCAGAAAACUGGAUUCCUGCCUUCAAAGAACAGCUACUAUAAAAAUCAGAUGACUACGGCUAAUAAUUAUAAGGUGUUCCAAAAGAUCCCAGCGUCUUCUAUGAUACUGAGCAACUACGAUCCAUUCUACUCACCGCUGCUAUCGCGACUCGAUGGUAUCUUUGCACGGCUCGGUCUUGCUCCAGCGGAGAACUCAGUAGACGAGAACAUCGAGGCUUGCAGAGAACAGCUGAUCUGCCUGAUGUACGCCAGUCCAGCUAAAUUCGCGCCCUACAGCAACUUAGUAUCGGCACAGUUGAGCAGAGAAUUAAACGAACUCCGUCGGCCAGUUUCCGACAACCCAGAGAUCCUUCGAUUCUUCAAAUACAUGAAGGCAGCUCGGAGAGGCCAAGAGGCUUCGGAUUGCAUGUACGCCUACCCUACUUGCACAGCCAACGCGCCCAAAACACAUACCAUGGUCGCAGCCUACCAUGAUAUCAAUAAAUUGGUCACUGCUAGGAAAAUACACUAAACUUCAAGCUUUUUUAAACUGAUAUGGACUGGUAUGAAUUUUUAUUAAAGUUCAGGUGCUUUGGCCAUUUUUAUAAAGGGUUUGAAAUUGCAGUUAUAAAAAUUUUUUAUAAAUGUCCUAUGUAAAAAUAUACAAGUUGUGAAACCGAAGAUAUACUAUGGAAAAUACAUUAAACAGACUAUUUUGUAAGUUUCAAAAGUUGGGGUAUAUUUUGGCCAUUUUUGUAAGUGGUUCAAAUUGUGAAUAAAAUUGAUAGUUAUUCUAUUCAUUUACUAUUUAGUAACAAACUAGUUUUUUUUACAGUUUUGCAGUCAAUUAGUCACCCAUGUUACAUCACAAAAUAAUUUUCGUGCAUUUUUAUUCACCUAAUUAUUAUUGAUGAGAAACUUUUAAUUUAUUUAUUGUUGUAAAAAAUAGUUAUAAAUUCUUAUUUAAUUUAUUUUUUUGAAGUGUGAAUGUAAUUUAUUGUGUGAUUGUGUGAAAAUGUUUAAAUUAUUUUUUAACUUAUUAUUUGAAUUGUUUAUUUAUUUAUUUUGGUAAAAUUAAUUAAAUAAUUAAUUAAAUCUUUAAAAAUAUGGUUUCUUUUGUACUAUUUUAUUUUCGAUCUAGAUUUUACAAAGGUAAAUGAGCUGUACCACCGUAGUCUGUUCAAAUAACUAAGAUGUAUAAAAAAAUCGGAUAAUCAUUUAUUCCAUGUAAUCCGAUUUUUUUCCUUUUUCAAAAUUAUUAUAAUAAAAAUUAUAUUUGUACUAUAACGUCUUGUGUAUAAAACGAAACCUAAUCUUAAGUAAUUUAUUUAUUUCGUAACUAACUUUCUGUUAAAAAUAAAUAUUAUUAAUAUAAUUAACAAAAAAAAUCUUGGUACUCUAAUAUGCGCAUACACAUCGAACAUUUUGAAUCUAGCCAAUCACGAAGCUAGAUUUUCCGAAAUGGCCGCCAGGCGACCGAUGAUGCACAUAUUACAGAUUUAUUUAAUAUUGUAAUCUAUCACUGUGUGAUUGUUUAAUUUAUUUGUUAAUUUAAAUAUACACACACUCGUGUAAAAUAUCAUUUUUUACUUUUUAUGAGGAUUUUUUUAAGUUUUACCCGACAGCCGACAAGAGUUUGGUAAGUUUUGUUAGCAACUCCCGUCCGACUUCGUGAGGUUGUAAAUUACAUACAAGAAGUUUCCUUUUAAAUAACUCUAUCUAUUAUAAAAAAAUCGAAAUAAAAUCCCUUGUGUAGUUUUAAAAAUCUAAGCAGACAGCAAGAACCGAUCUUUUUUGUUAAUAGUGAUACCAAUGCUCAAAAUACUUAUAGACAGUGUAAUAUGUAAUGCUCAAAAUAUUUUUAUACAUAGUUGUAAUGUAUAACUUUAUGAAUUUGAGGAUGCCUUGUGUGCAAAAUUCAUUUAAAAAUAGUAGUAAAUAGUUUUUUUUUUCUUGCAUACUGUGUCUUUUCCCUCAAUUUUUAUAUUCUACUUGAAUAUUGUUUGAGUGUGUGUAUAUUGAAUUAAUAAUGUCAAUAAGAAAGACUAAAGUCGUGGUGUUGUGUGUAUAAUAAUGAAAUAUACUGUUGUAGUCAUAAUCAAGUAAAAUUAUGUAGAUUGAAAUAAAAUUUG